AUGGUGGAAAGCAGCAACCUGCGCGACGAGCAGGCGAACGCGAGCAAUGGGUUCGCCGUGGGCACGACGCUAGUGGCGCGCUGGAUGGGCAAGACGGAGCGCAUGUGCAUCGUCAUCGACCGCACGACGCUCAGCAACGAUCGGUUCAAGUACUACGUGCACUGGCACGGGUUCAAUCGUCGUAUGGAUGAGUGGAUCAACGAGCACGAAAUCGUGAGACGCGGCACGGACGAAGAGACGCUGAAACUGCAGGAGAAAGACGCCAAAGAGAAGGAGAAGGAACAACGGGACAAGAACCGCAGCAAGGCGUCGGUCUCGAAUGAUACUGCUGCUAGCAGCAGCGAUACCUCAGCUCGUACGAGGGGGCAGAAGCGGAAGACACCAGACGACCAGGACUUUGCUCCGCCAGAAGAAGAGCACGAUGAGCACGAAGGCAUGGAUGCGGCUAGUAUUCGAGAGCACGAAGAGGUGACGAAAGUCAAGAAUGUGCGAUUUGUGGAGCUAGGGCGCUUCCGCAUGGCAGCUUGGUACUUCUCACCUUUUCCGAAGGAAUAUUACCCCGAUGGAUCGAUCGAUUGCCUGCAUUUUUGCGAGUUCUGCAUGGCGUUUUUCCGCUACAAGCGCGAGCUGACAGUGCACCAAGAGCGGCACGUGUGCGACCGCCACCCGCCAGGUAAUGAGAUUUAUCGUCACGAGAACCUGAGCGUUUUUGAGGUCGACGGUGCGAUUUCCAAGGUCUACUGCCAAAAUCUCUGCUAUCUUGCCAAGUUGUUUCUGGACCACAAAACGCUGUACUAUGAUGUGGACCCGUUCCUGUUCUACAUUAUCUGCGAAGUUGACUCGCGUGGUUUCCACCCAGUAGGCUACUUCUCCAAGGAGAAGUAUUCGGAGUUGGGAUACAAUCUGGCUUGUAUUUUGACGUUCCCGUGCCAUCAGCGCAAAGGCUACGGCCACUUUAUCAUCCAGUUCUCGUACGAGCUGAGUAAGAAGGAAGAGAAAGUGGGCUCGCCCGAAAAGCCUCUCUCAGAUCUUGGUCUGGUUAGCUAUCGAAGCUACUGGACGCGCGAAUUGCUACGGGUGUUGCGAGAAUAUCCCGAGAAAGAAGUAUCGAUCAUGGACCUGACAAGGAUUACGUCGAUCAAGAACGAUGACAUCAUUGCAACGCUGCAGCAUCUCAACAUGAUCAAGUAUCUGGGCGGGCAGUAUGCGUACGUGGUGCCCACACACAUUGUGGAUGCACAGCUGACGAAGCUGUCUCGAAAGGGUCCAAACGUUGUGUCUGAGAAGCUGCAUUGGGCGCCACUGCACCUGGACAUAAAGCGCGAUAAGUGGUCACUGAAGGCAAAAACGGCGGACAAGGAGGAUUGA